CGUCGCUUCCGCUUUCUCCGGUAUUCUUGCUUUCGGUCUGAUGCAGUUGAACGGCCAGCAGGGCCUGACUGGAUGGCGCUGGAUCUUCAUCAUCGAAGGUGCCCUCACCUGCGUGCUCGGCCUCGCAGGCUACUGGCUCCUCGUUGACUUCCCCGAUUCCAAGAAGCGCAAGGACUGGAGCUUCCUCGGCGAGCGUGAGCGCGCCUGGAUCGUUGCGCGCGUGAACCGUGAUCGUGGCGACGCCCACAUUCCCGCCUUCAACCUGAAGAGAUUCCUCGGUGCCGGCGCCGACUGGAGAAUCUGGGCCUACGCCAUGAUCUUCUUCAACACCACCACCGUCUCAUACGCGCUCGCAUACUUCUUGCCCAUCAUUCUGCAGGUCAACAUGGGCUUUGAUGUUGGUGCCGCGCAGUGCCUCGUUGCGCCGCCCUACGCCUUUGCCGGUAUCGUCAUGUUCGCGACCGCGUGGUUGGGCGAUAGGAUGAAGUUCCGUGGUCCCGUUAUUCUCAUCAACAUGCUCUUCUGCAUUGUCGGCCUUCCCAUCAUGGGUUUCCACUCCAGCGCGGCGGUGCGCUACUUUGGUGUCUUCUUGACCACUGCUGGUGCCAACUCCAACGUCCCCGCUGUGAUGGCCUACCAGGCGAACAACAUCCGUGGCCAGUGGAAGCGCGCUUUCUGCAGCGCGACUCUGGUCUCGUUCGGUGGUAUCGGAGGUAUUGCCGGCAGCUUGCUCUUCCGUGAGCAGGACAAGCCUCACUACCGCCCGGGCAUGUAUGCCUGCAUUGCGUGCAGCUUGUUGACGUGCAUUCUGGUCAGCUUGUUGACUGUGGACGCCUACUUCAAGAACAAGAAGGCUGACAGGGGCGAGAAGGAGCUUGAGGCUGACGAUGUAAGUUUUCCCCACCGCACCUGUGAAUUAGGAGCAAUUGCUGACCCGCAUGUGCAGGAGGGUGCUCAGCCUGGUUUCCGUUACACCUACUAGAGGAUUAUCUGUGGGUGAAUCAGCGUGCUUUAUGAUUAAUGAAAGAGAUUAUGAGAAUCUCCAGCGGGAUUUUGUGGAAUUCAAGGGACAAGGUGCCCAGCGUCAUGAGAAUAUACUAUCCGUGUAGCAAGGCGUGUGCCAGUGAAUAAUACCGAGCAAGAGCUCGUGAAAGAAAUUUGGAUGUGAACAGUUGCGACCUUCCAUGGUGUUUAAGUAAGUGAGUGAUAUUGCGCCAUCCUGUGAGGAAUAGUAAUCGUUCCGUGAUCGACGCAAGAGCCGAGGCAUGCAACGGCAGACAGACGAGAGGUGCGUGGUUGGCGGCUGCGGGAUUCGUGAAGAAACGUGGGAGACGGCGGCGC